UGCGCUAGCUCACGUGUGUGUCUGUGCAGCGCAUCCCAGCUCUGGGGGCGCUCGGUGCCUCCUUCUGAGGAGCUGCCCCUGUUUGCCGGCAGUCUCAAAGCCCCUCCGUGUUAACGGGUUCGAGUCAGGGAGGGGAAAACCGGACUGAACUGUGUGCGGCUGCAGGUUCUGGGGGGAGGGAGGCGGUGAACAGGUGAGGCGCAACAAUGGACCCAAUGAACCAGCAGGCUUCUGCAGGCACUUUCCGAGCACUCAAGGAGCCUUUAGCCUUUCUGCGGGUGCUGGAAUGGCUUUUUGCAAUCUUUGCAUUUGCAACAUGUGGUGGCUAUUCUGGAGGCCUGAAACUCAGUGUGGACUGUGCAAACAAAUCAGAGAGUGACCUCAGCAUUGACAUCGCAUUUGCCUAUCCUUUCAGGUUGCACCAAGUGAAUUUUGAAGUGCCAACCUGUGAAGGAAAACAUCGAGAAAAGCUUGCCUUGAUAGGUGACUUCUCGUCUCCUGCUGAAUUUUUUGUCACCGUUGCAGUCUUUGCCUUCCUCUAUUCACUGGCCGCCACUGUCGUUUACAUUUUCUUCCAGAACAAGUACCGAGAAAACAACAGAGGUCCUCUCAUUGAUUUCAUCAUCACAGUGGUAUUUUCUUUCCUGUGGUUGGUGGGUUCAUCAGCUUGGGCAAAGGGGCUGUCUGAUGUAAAAGUUGCUACUGAUCCGAAGGAGGUGUUACUGUUGAUGUCAGCCUGUAAACAGCAGUCUAACAAGUGUAUGGCCAUUCACGGACCAAUGAUGUCAAGCUUAAAUACUUCAGUUGUCUUUGGAUUCUUGAAUUUUAUUCUCUGGGCAGGAAAUAUUUGGUUUGUUUUUAAGGAGACCGGCUGGCAUUCUUCAAGCCAGAGGCACCUUCCGGAACCCAUGGAGAAGCAAUCAAGCAGCUAUAGCCAUGGUGGCUAUAAUCGAGAAAGUUAUGAGCCAAGUGGUGGGUACAACCAACCAGCCACCUUGGGUCAGCCUGGGGAUGAUUUGGGCCAACAAUAAAGUGGUCCAGUUUCAUUUGCCAAUCAGAUUUAACAUGAGCAUUAUUAUGUUGGCUGUUUCACUGCACUAAAUUUCAAUGACCCGAAAUUUUUAAAAAAGCUUAAUCAACACAUAGAGUUCUUAAACCUGAAAAACAAAGAUCUACAUGCUAAUUAAAGAAGAGAAAGCUCGGUGAUGUGCUAAAUCGCUCUUUGUGACUAGGUGGCUAAUUGGAGUGUGUGUCUUGUUGUAUGUACAGAGUAUGGUAGUUUUGUAUUGUAUUAAGAUCGUUGAAGUCUUUUGUAGCCUAAAGUCUCUAGUAUGUAAUUUGUCCAACAAAGCAUAAAUAUUGUUAAAGUUUCUUCUGCAUACUGGUGGGAAAAAGUUUCAUUAUGAAUUCUGAAGACUAUUUGGUGUACCACAGUGCAUGUAAUAGCCCUGAGUUUUCCUCAAUGCUUGUUUGUGAGCCCUCUUGAAUGUUUUCUUUGAGUUUUUUGUAUUUCUUUUUGUUUAAUUACUUUUCUUGUGAUUUAAUGCAUGCAAAAUAUUUUCACAACACCCAAAGUUUGGACUGUGUUAAUGGAAAUUUUCCAGUUUGCACCCUUACUUUGUAUGCUUCUUUUGAUCAUUUUGAAGAGUUGGGCUCUAUGGCUUUUCCCAAGUUCUGAAUGCUCUGUAAUGAAAAUGUUUCUCCUAUUAAGGGACAUUCAAUAGUUUGUACUGUAACUGAUCAAUGUUAUUCAGUUUGAGUUAGUAUUCAUGUGAUGGUCAAUUUCUAUUGGUGUCUUGUGAAUCUUUCCAUGUGAGCUGUGAACUAUAAGGACCAAGUAACUGUGUUAUGUUUACAGUGGUAUGUAUUUAAAUAGGAUAAUGGAGGUGCAGAUAUCAGUAAUUAAAAUUAGACAAGAAUAGAAAGUUAAAUGCAGAAUACAUAUUUGCCACAUAUCAUCAGAUAAACUUUCCAAAUUUGUAAUGAUACAAUGUGCCUAUCUAUCACACUGUAGAAAAUUGUCAGCUCAAUUCAGAUAUUCUUAAUGCUGUUUUUGGUGCUACGGCUAAACUAAAAGGCAGCUGUCAGAAAAUGGAGUCAUUCUACUUGGCAAAGAGAACUAGGUCUCAUAAAAUAUUCCUUAGACUGCAUACACUAUAAAGAAAUAACAUCUUCUUUAUGUUUAUUGCAUUUCAAGCCCAAAGCAAAGCAUUGUAAUCAAAACUGAGCAUCUGCAUUUCUAAAUAAGUGUUUUAAUAUCUACUAUUACUGUAUGAUAUAUGUUUGGAAACAUUUAGUAUAAAACAGCCUAGUCUCAUACGAUUGUUGUAAUCAAUGUCCGGCUACUCAGUGGAUGAAUCUAUAUUGUGAUAUCUAUUUGUUCCUAAUAAAGCUAUUGCAUACA